UCAGAUCUCUACAAGAAUGGCGAAAGACGUAACGGAGUGUACACCAUCAAACCAGACAGUCAAGGAACCUUACAAGUCUACUGUGACAUGACAACUGACGGAGGGGGGUGGACAGUGUUMCAGAGAAGACAAGAUGRAUCAGUAGACUUUUAUCUUGACUGGCAGCCGUACAAAACAGGUUUUGGGAACCUGAAUGGCGAGUUUUGGCUGGGCAAUGACUACAUCCAUCGACUGACUGCAAGAACUCCUUCGACAUUGCGCGUGGAGCUGGAGGACUGGGUAGGAACAAGGAAGUAUGCCAAAUAUGGUAGUUUUAGUGUUAAUGCUGAGUCAGACAAGUACAGUUUGAGUGUAGGUUCGUAUUCAGGUAGUGCUGUGGACUCACUGUCGUAUCAUAACAACAUGGCAUUCAGUACAAAAGACAGGGAUAAUGAUGUUCAUAGUGGGAAUUGUGCCACUACUUACACUGGUGCCUGGUGGUACCAUGAUUGCUAUCAUUCAAAUCUAAACGGUCGGUAUCUCGGGAAUGUAAUUGAUAAUAAGGGAGUCAGGUGGUAUAGUUUGUCACUGAAGUUCACUGAGAUGAAGAUACGGCCACAAGCAUUCUAAGCUGAGAUGAAUCAGAAGAAGGACGAGUCCAAUAAAGAUGACGCAUACGUUCUGCACACUAUCAAGCCUACACACUAAAAAAAGACAAUAAAUAGGAUUUAAGGAGUGGCAUAUCCACAGAGUCGGCACUUUAAUGAGAACAAUUGGAAUUUGUAGAAGUUGAAUUUAGAUUUCAAACAGGUUUCAACCCAACAAUUUUAUUAUGAGCUCAAUAGCAGAUUUAAUCAAAAAUAGCAGCUUUUUCGAAAGCAGUUAGCAUAAGCUAGAUUAUGGGUGACAUUGAAAUGGCACGUAAUAAAGCAGGGUCACGGUGUAGGAAUGACGAUACCCUC